GACUACCCGGACCUGAGAUGUUAAUCCAGUAACGGAUCCAGAACCAGAAGCGUUGCAGGCGUUCCGGAACCGGGCACCAUGCCGGAGCAGAGCAACGAUUACAGGGUGGUGGUUUUCGGGGCGGCGGGAGUCGGGAAGAGUUCCUUGGUUCUCCGUUUCGUGAGAGGGACCUUCAGGGAAACCUACAUCCCGACCAUCGAAGACACCUACCGGCAGGUGAUCAGCUGCGACAAGAACAUCUGCACGCUGCAGAUCACCGACACGACGGGAAGCCACCAGUUCCCCGCCAUGCAGAGGUUGUCCAUCUCCAAAGGCCACGCUUUCAUCCUGGUCUACUCCACCACCAGCAAGCAGUCCAUGCAGGACCUCCAGCCCAUCUACGAGCAGAUCUGCCAGAUCAAAGGAGACACGCAGCACAUCCCCGUCAUGCUGGUCGGCAACAAAUGCGACGAGACCCUCAGGGAGGUCCAGGCCGGCGAAGGGGAGAGCUUGGCCAACAAGUGGAAAUGUUCCUUCAUGGAGACGUCGGCCAAACUCAACUACAACGUGCAGGAACUCUUCCAGGAGCUUCUGAACCUGGAGAAGAGACGGGCCGUCAGCCUGCAGGUCGACGGGAAAAGGUCCAAGCAGCAGCGGAAGAAAGACAAGCUGAAGGGGAAGUGCUCGGUGAUGUGAGGUGACCGGCGCAUCGGAAGGACCUUCUAGAACCUUCUAGAACCUUUCAGGCCUUGGGAUGGGAGAAGGAGAACUUU